GCUAGCGCUCCGGGACUCUCCUACUGAGCUGGCAGCGCCCCCCGCACGGUGCUGCCUCUUCUCUCCCUGCCACUCGAACUACUCGCUGGCUGAAUGUUUCUCUCGGGCACUUGCGAUCCAGGAUGUUAGGAAUAGUUAAAAUGGAAGGACAUGAGACGACAGAUUGGAGCAACUAUUACCAGGACACCCAGGAGGCCUAUUCCUCAGUUCCGGUCAGCAACAUGACCCAGGGGCUGGCAUCCAUGAAUACCUACAUGACUAUGAACCCCAUGAGCUCCAGCAGCAACAUGACAGCAGGCUCCUUCAAUAUGUCCUAUGCCAACUCAGGCUUGGGAGCGGGACUGAGCCCUAGUGGCAUGUCUGGCAUGGGAGCGGGAUCCGCCAGUGCUAUGAACGGUAUGGGCUCUGGGGUGUCCUCCAUGGGCACCGCUCUGAGCCCCUCCAGUAUGAACGCAAUGUCAGCGCAACAAGCCUCCAUUAACAGCUUGUCCUAUUCCGGCAUGAACCCAGGAAUGAGCCCCAUGGCAUACGGGCCAUCCAACAUGAACAGGACAAGGGACACGAAAACAUUCCGGAGAAGUUACCCCCAUGCCAAACCCCCUUACUCCUACAUCUCACUGAUCACCAUGGCCAUCCAACAGGCCCCCAGCAAAAUGCUGACUCUCAGUGAGAUCUAUCAAUGGAUCAUGGACCUUUUUCUAUACUACAGACAGAACCAGCAGCGCUGGCAGAACUCCAUCAGGCACUCCCUGUCCUUUAAUGACUGCUUUGUUAAGGUGGCCAGGUCCCCAGACAAGCCAGGCAAAGGCUCUUACUGGACCUUGCACCCCGAUUCCGGGAACAUGUUUGAGAAUGGCUGCUAUCUUCGUAGGCAAAAGCGAUUUAAGUGCGAGAAACAACAAGGGGGGAAAGGCAGCCAAGAUGGCAGGAAAGAUGUUUCUGGCCCUUCGUCCCCUUUGCACCGGGUACAUGGCAAAUCCAGCCAGAUGGACAGCAGCUCCUCCAUGUCCAACCCUUCCAGCAGCCCUCAGUCCUUGGAACACAAUGGUUCUAAUGGGGAGAUGAAACCACAAGUAGCAGCUGGUCCUUCUCCCCUCUCUUCCCACCAGAACCACUCUACUCACUCCUUGGCCCAUGAAACCCAUAUACACCUUAAGGGAGACCCCCAUUAUUCCUUCAACCAUCCAUUUUCCAUCAACAACUUAAUGUCAUCUUCGGAGCAACAGCACAAACUGGACUUCAAAGCCUAUGAGCAGGCUCUUCAGCAGUAUUCCUCCUAUAGUGGGGGACUCCCAGGGAUGCCUUUGGGUAGCCCAUCUAUGGCUGGGAGAGGGAGCAUUGAACCUUCCGCUCUGGAACCCACUUACUACCAAGGGGUGUAUUCCAGGCCUGUGCUAAACACUUCCUAGGACCAGUAACAUUCUCCUGGAAAAUGUGGUGGGCUUUGCUUUCUUCAGAUCGGGACUGUUACCUAAAUAGUGUAUCGAUAUAAAAAAGGGAUUAUACAUAUGUUAUUUUAAACAGGAAAAGUGAAAACGUAAAAAAAA